GCAUUAUCUCUCGAACGGGUAAACACUUUGGAUCGCCCGAGGGGUCCGUACGAAAAGCACGACGACGAAACGCCUUUCGCCGGGGAAGUCUUAAGGUAAAGGGGGUUGGACUUUGGGUAUUGUCUUUCGUCUGUAUUUCUCCAGUUUCGACCGAAGCCAAAACUAUGAGCAUUCGGGGCGAGGCCAUGUCCGAGACGAAUUCCGACUGCACGGCAGGCCGGGAAAGCUCGAUCGGCAGCCGGGAAGACUUACAGGAAAUAAUGACCAAUCUGGGGAUAUCUUCCGUCGACCUACUCGCCCAGGACAGGUUCAGAGUGGACAGGAAACUCUUGGAAAAUCUCCUAUUUGGUGGUGACAAAAAUGCGGCUUCUGACUUGUUCCUCAGUAUUAUGCGCGAAACAAGAACACACAUUGCAUGGCCUUCCAGGCUUAAGUUAAACGCUAAAUCGAAGAAAGACCCACACAUCAGAAUAUUGGGCAGAACUGACGACGUUAAAUUAGCACACGACAGGGUCUUGGCGACUCUAGGACCCAAGGUAUUUCUAAAUUUACAACAGAAACCUAAGAACAAAAAAAUUGAAAUGUUUUUCCAGGGGAACAGAGUCAACAUGAAAAUAGACGUAAGUUACACCGAGCACUCGCACAUUAUAGGAAAAGGUGGUUUGACAAUCAAGAGAGUGAUGGAAGAGACGGCAUGUCACAUCCAUUUCCCGGACUCAAACAGGAGCAACCCUGUUGAGAAAAGCAACCAAGUUUCAAUAGCUGGAGAUGUCGCUGGUGUGGAAAAAGCAAGAGCGAAAGUCCGAGAACUCACACCGCUAAUUUUCUGCUUCGAACUUCCCAUACUUGAAGCCCCGAUGCUGAGUCCGGACCAAGUAUCUCCUUAUAUCAAAGACAUUCAGGACACGUACAAUGUUCAGGUGAUGUACAGGACAAGGCAAAAGCUCUACUCCACUCUCGUUGUCGUCAAAGGCUGUGAGUGGGAAGUUUCAAGAGUUAAGGAAGCGACGAAGUUGCUCAUUGCUCACAUGUGCAAGUCCCUUGCCGACCACGUGACUGUUCAAGUGAUGUUGGAAAUAUCACCACACCACCAUAGCGUGGUUUUGGGUAAAAACAACGAAAAUCUCAAGGCCAUCAUGAUGAACACAAAGACUCAGAUAACUUUCAUCGACCCUAUCGAUCCAAAUAUACCGUCUUUGAAAAAGAGUAACGUAACAAUAACAGGAUCUAUAAACGAUGUUUAUCUGGCACGUCAACAACUCAUUGGCUCUCUUCCUGUUUUAUUUAUGUUUGAUGUUCCUGAGACCUCACCUGCAGUCGAGACAACAAGAAUAAGUGACAUUAUGAACAAACAGAAUGUCCUUAUAACCACCAGGCAUAAAGUAAAGCAGAAUAUAAUAACAUUUAUUAUCAAGGGGAUCGAAAGGAACAUUGGUGACAUUUAUGAAGCCCACAAAAGACUAAUUGGAUCAAAUGAACCUUCAGUUCAAGUGGAAAUACCGCAGAGCUAUUUUAUUCCCAAUUCGAGUCCAAUUUAUAAGCCUAUUUGGAACUGCAAUGAUCCAGCACAUCCGACGUACCAAAAUUUAACAACCCCAGUCUUGCUAAGCCCAAUGAUUGGACGCUCUGAGCCAUUAUGGUCCCACAUCCCACAUUAUAUGCUAGCCCAACAUUUAACAUUGCCUCCAUCUUUAUCACCUCUCCCAUACCAUUCGGACCUUAACCACUAUUCUUACAGUACAUUGUCUCUUCCAGAAUUCCCAGUCUAUUCGUCUAUGAGCAGUAAUGCGAGUAGCCUUUCGAGUUCAAGAACGACAUCCCCCAUACCUUAUCCAGUGCCAGAAAAACCGAAACCAGAAUUGGCCACCUCCUGUGAAGAACCAGACCAAUCGAAAAUCCCCCCUGGCUUUAAACGUCCAAUGCUCACUCACAGCGACUUUCAAAAAUUUAAAAUUCAAGCUAUGCAAGCAAUGCGUAAAUCACCAAAUGCGACUAACUUCAGAGUUCCAACAUCAACUUGGUCUGGCUAUGGUUUCAGUCAUUCUUCACCAACCUCAUCUUUACUUGAACUGAAAACAAACAAAGAAAAAACAGUUAAGUUUGACAAAGAUAAAUGGAUGAGUGGGUCUGGAGAGUUUUCCCCAACACAGAGUGACACUUUUACAAGUAGCGUUUCAACUGAAUGUAAUCCUCUUGCAUCGAGCAAUAUAUAUGACUCCAUUACUAAGAACACACUAUCUACAAUAACAAGCUUGCCGAUGUCUGACCUCUCAACCCUCCUUGUGAAUAUUGGACUGGAACAGUACAUAAGAUUGUUUGAAUCUCAAGAAAUAGACCUGAUGACAUUUAAGACGCUUACAGAUCUGGACUUAAAGGAAAUAGGAGUUAGUGCUUUGGGAGCACGGCGUAAAUUGAUGCUCUGCAUAGCAGAGCUGAACAAAAGACAAAGAAGCCCAUUCAGAGGGAGUGCAGCCCCGGGAGCCGAGAGGAAAAAUCCUUCCACAAAUAGUCUGAAUGAUUUGACAAGUCAUAACUGAAGAAAGUUCAUUAAAAAAUAUUUUUCUAUAAUGUGAUUAAAUAGCCUGGUGAUAGCUAUUAGUUUACUGAUAAUUAGAAAUUAGAAAUGUAUAUUAUAUUGAACAGUGUUCAAAACUGCAUGGUAUUUAUUAUAUUGCAUGUAGAUCAAAAUUAUUAUUGAUAAGUGACUUACUAACUAAACUAUCUUUAUAUUCUGUUCAGUUCAUUUAAUGAAAUUUAAAAAAAAACUUUAAAAAAACUAAUACCGAAUGCAAACAUUGAAACUAACAUUAGGAAAUGCAAAGGAUUUCAAUACAACAACUCUGUACACAAAUUCAACUAUUUUUAAAAUAUUUGUUUUUGCCUAAAUCAGUUUUACAAGAAAUCAUGGAUAUUUUAAACAAUCAUCAAAUGAGAAAUUUAAUAGUAGCAUGUUUUAAACUAUUUAUAAUUGUAUUGUUAAUCUCACUACGCUAGAUUCUUAUUGUAAUUUAUUUAAUUUAUUCUUAUUUUUUAUCUUAAAUGAUAAAUUCGGUAAAAACCCCAAAUUAUUGAAUCAUUUUUUAUGUAGUAUUGUAUAACUUUAAUUUACAAUUUUUCUUUUUUUUGUUUAUUUUUUGUUUGCUUUUUUAGAAAAUAGAAAUAACAACAAGAAAAAUUUUAGGAUCUGUAGUCUGGCUAGAGUAUACUAUUUGUUUUUCCCUGUAUGUUGUUAACAUUUUAAAAUGGUUGUUAUUUAUUAUAAACUGAAAUCUUAACUUAUAAUGUGAGCCCUAAAAGGAAAACUGAUGGUCAAUAUAUUUUAAUAUCGUUCAUUUUAAUGUGAAAACUUACUUCCAACAGAAAUUAUUUAAGAAAAAA